AUCUGAAGAGUGAGGACGCCAAGUCCUUAUUCUUGCUCUGUGGUCUUCUUGGUGGGACCAUUCAAGUCGAACUUCUGCUGGGACUAGGCAUGGGGUUGGGCUUGUUUGAGGGAUUCAAUAACACGGUAGAAGAUUCAAGAAAUAGAUUGAAUACUAUGCUCGAUAGCCUCCGUUCUGUUUGUUUGUUGCAAGAUGAUGGUGAUGACAUGGAGACUGUGAUCAUACAUGAUCUUUAUAGUGAGGUGGUCGUCUCAGCUCCAUUUAGAAGUCAGAAUUCCUUAAUGAUGAACAACUAUUGUGUUUCGUGGCCAAAAGAAAAGCUUGAGAAAUGUUGGGCAAUAUGCCUUGUUAAUGAUUACGGUGAUAGCCUUGCUGAAAAAAUGCGGUGUCCGUUUCCCGACUUGAAGAUAUUCGUGUUGUCUCAGAUAGGGUUGUUCGAGGCACCUAUACACCGACAUGAUGUGAGAGAUUGCUGUGGACUUGAUUUCACAAGAAUGAAGCAGCUCCAAGUCCUAUAUCUUCGCUUCAUACAUAUCACCAAUUUACGUUCCUCGAUUGGCACCCUUAGGAACCUCCACUCAUUAUACUUAGACUAUUGCAUUGUGGACGAUGUGGCAAUUCUUGGCGAGCUCAAAACAUUGCAAAUUCUUAGCUUGGCAGGAUCUCAAAUUUCUAAGCUGCCUAAAGAAAUCGGGGAACUUAGGAAUCUGAGAUCGUUGAAUCUAUAUGAUUGUGACUCGCUUAUGAUAAUCGAGCCUGGUGCCUUGAAAGGCUUAGUCCACUUGGAAGAGUUAUAUAUGAGGGGAAGCUUUAGUCAAUGGAUAGUCGAUGAUGAAAUACCAACGGAAUCGUAUAAUGGUAGGCUUGCUGAGUUGAAGAGCUUGAGAAAGCUAGCCUCUUUGGAAAUAUCGAUUCAUGAUCCCAUCGUACUCUUAAAGGAUGAUGACCUGCCAUUUGGGACCCUGAUUAGAUUUUGGAUCAACAUAGGAAAUACUUACGGAAGGGGAUUUCGUGGUUUGAGAACCAUGAAACUCCAAUUGGAAGGAUGCGAUGGUAUUCUCUCAAAAGAAUGGGUUCAGAAAACUCUGCAGAAAACUCAACACUUGUAUUUGGAUGGAUUGGGAGACUUCAAGGAGAAUGCUCAUGAGUUGUGCAUUCAAGGAUUUAAACAACUGAAGCAUCUCGACAUUCAGAACAGCCCCUCAAUCAAGUACAUCAUCAGUUCAUUAAAUGACCUUCUCACUGCAUUUACGGAUUUAGAGUCUUUGUUCCUCAAAAAUCUUAUUAAUCUAAAGAAGAUAUGCAAUGGCCCUAUCACACCAGAUUGCUUCCACAAAUUGAAAGUUGUGUGUAUCGAAAAGUGCCACCAAUUGAAAAAUUUGCAGUUCCUCUUAUAGAUGCAAAGACGUGUACAUUUGGAAGAGAUCAAAAUAUGUGAAUGUGACUCAUUACAAGCCAUUAUCACAGGUGAUGCAGGAAAAGUAGAAGUUGAUGUUGAUGACAUGAUUGAGUUACCUAAUGUACGACGUCUAGAUUUGCGUAAGUUACCAAAAAUGACGAGCUUUUGCACUAGAGCUGAGGAUGCUCCAAUUCAGGUUUCAUUGCCUCGCUUGGAAUCCCUAGUGAUGGUUGGACUCCUUGGCCUAGAAAAGAUACUCCACAGUGAACCCUCAAUAAAAUUCAGUUGUUUGAAAUCACUAAAGAUAAAAGAAUCUAAAUCCACAUUGAGUAUUCCGAAAGAUUGGAUACUAAAGCUACCAAAUUUGGAGUCAAUGGAAAUUGCGAGCUCUCUAUUAGCAGAAUUAGUUUUCGACCUGGAGGAGCUAAAAGUCACUGGAGAAGUCGAGAUUCUCUCUCGACUAAGUACAUUGGCAUUAUCUAAGUUGCCAAACUUGUGGCGCAUGUUGAAACAAGAUGUACAAUUACAAGGAAUAUCGAUAUUUCGAAACUUGAAGGAGCUCUAUGUCUGUGAAACGGGGCUGUCAUUUCUCUUUUCAAUGUCUGUGGCUAAAUGUCUUAGAGAAAUUGAAGACAUUAAAGUGGAGGAUUGUCCAAAUAUGAAGACGGUGAUUGUGGAUGAAGAAGGAACGGAUGAUAUUAUAAAGCUACCACUAUUGAAGCGACUAUCUAUAAUGCGCUGUCCCACAGAGAAAUUCUUCUCAUAUCCUCAUGGAAAGAAAGAGUCAGUAACCACUACUUCAGAUUCGCUAGAUGCUUAUUUCGAUUACUUCUUUGAUCAAAAGGUUAGUUUGCCAAGCUUGGAGGAGUUAAAGCUUAAGUCAGAAGGAUCCUUCAAAGGAAUAUGGCAUAGUGAACUUAUGGAAAAUUCCUUCUGCAAGUUAGCCACCCUCUCUAUUGGAUAUUGCUCUAAGCUACACAAUGUCUUCCCUUCCACAAUCAUAGGGAGAUUGCACAACCUAACAAUUGUUGAGAUUGAAAAUUGUCCCUCUCUAGAAUCAUUGUUUGAUUGUGGGUCCACAAAAGCAAAUACUACGCAAACAACUAUAUUGCUCCCCAAAUCAGAAGUAAAGAUGGUGAGGGAAGCAGGAAAGUUGAAAUGUACGGUGAAGAGUGACUCCCAAAUGAUUUUGGGUUUUCCUAGUCUAAAAAAAGUCCGUGUUUGCAGUUGCUGCAACCUAAGAUAUCUCUUCCCCACUUGUAUGGCCACAACUCUAGUGAAACUUGAGAGCCUAUGGAUUAUCAAUUGCGCACAGAUGAAGGAAGUGGUUCCUAAGGGGAUAGCUAAAGGGGAUGAUGAAUCAUCACAACCAUUGUUCAAUGAGAUGGCUAGAUUCCCCAGUAUAAGAAAACUACAAAUUGAAGGUGCUCGGUGCAAAGAGCUAUGGAACAAUCAAAUUCCUUAUGAUUCCUUUUGCAAACUAGAAUUUCUUCGAUUGGAGCACUGUGACAAUCUCCUAUGUGUUGCCCCAUCUCACAUGUGGAAGAGAUUGCAGCUUUGUCUCGACUUCCUAGAAGUGAGAUCAUGCCGUUUGGUUGAGAUCAUAUACAAAAGUGAUGGGACAAAUACAAAGAGUGGCAAAUUGAGGAGGUUGAUUUUGCAUGAUCUCGAAAACUUGAGGCAUAUUUGGCAGUCCGAUGGUCUCCCAAAUAUCCCGUUCCCAAACUUGAGACAAAUUAAGGCCAUGAGGUGCUCCCGUUUGGAAAUUCUUUUCACAACCUUCACGGCGAAAUUUCUCGGGCAAAUCGAAGAGCUAGUAGUAGAGUCAUGUGAAGAUAUAAAACUAAUUGCUGGCCAUGAAGAAUGUGAAGAAGCAACCGGUACGACAAUCACCUUCUCUGAGUUAACUGCUCUUAGACUUUUCGAGUUGCCGAAAAUCAGGGGCAUCUUAGCUGAGAAAUACUCUGUGGAAUUCCCAUCCUUGCAAGUCUUGUGUAUAGUAAGCUGUGGAAUGGCGCCGGACCAAGGCCUUGACGACUGGAAACGCUACCAAAGGUUCAAUAGUUAUAAACUCGAAGAAGUAUUGAAAUAUAGGUUUGAUGACUUCUCGUUUGGGACUUCUGCAGUAGAAAAUGGUGUUUGGCAAUAUAGAAUAACGCGUCCGGUAAUAUGAUAUCAUGUUUCUGGGUUAUCUUGUACAGUUCCCGCAAAGUCUCUUGACUAUUUCCUCCAAUAAUCAUUGCUCUGGUUUA